AUACAAUGUCAAUAUCAUGUACAGAUAUGUGUUCGACUGGUGAUUCUGGAGAGACAAAUUCAACACUUCUACUAUCACCAGCAUGCCUUUCACAAACUUUUUUACAAAACGGAAGUUUUCAAUUGAAUCUCGUAUUGAACCAUUCUUUUCUGAAAAAUAAUCAUGCGAAACCUACGUGUGGAAAAGCACAUGUUACAGUCCAGGCAUGCUCAGUCGCUGGCUGGUUUCUUUGCAAAUUUGAGACUGAUGAACCUCUUGCUAGUCAAGAAGACCAAUCUCAAGCUCAGACAGUAAACAUCUCAUUGGAAAUGAACUCUUUAUAUUUUCUUUACAAUGCAACAUCAUUCCAUUUCAAUGUCAACAUUUCUUUAAAUUCUACAAAUAAAAAUGGAGAGCAAAUGAACAUUACUAAUAUCAACACAGAAGGUGAUAAUGAAUACUCCAUCAUUCAGAGAGAACAACUUGGAAAGAGCACUUUGAAUAUUAGCUGCCGAGAAACUGCACCUGCCUGUUAUUGUAUAACUGUGUCAUUUAACCUCAAAGCUUCCUUUCAAAAUACAGUAUAUGUUUGGAAGAUUAUUUGGUUAAUCUGCAUUCCUGUUGUCAUUCUUACUGUACUAAGCAUCUUUACCUACAAAGUUCUGCAAAAAGAACAGUGCUUCUCACGAAUGAGCUGCAAAAAAAGACACCCAAGCCAAAGUAUUGCUUAUAGUCCAAUCUAUGUAAAUACACUGCCAAGACUUUCAGACAAGACCAACAGACGGCAUGGGAGUCAAAGUGAAUGCAAUACUACACACUAUAACAAAGUAUUGCCUGAAGUUUCAGAAACCAGUAUGCCGAGGGAGUCUGAAAGUUUCAAAAGUCGAAGGCUUUCUCGCAUUGAAGAACAGGAAAAUGAUUGCUUUCACAUGACAGGAGAGAUGUCUGAUUCUGUAUUUCAGGAAGAGACUGAGCCAUACUACAAGACAAUAAACUGAAUGAGAAUUAAGGUGACAGUUACUGCCAGAUUCAGCCUGUGUCACAACUGGAUAUGAGCAUGAAAUCAGUGCAAGAUAUGACUGGAUAGCAGCCAAUGUAUUGAAUGGAUGACUACUGCAAGAAUCUGAUGUCCAGCCUGUGCAAUAUUUGAUCCCUGAGAAUUACCUGAAUAUGAUACCUGGCUACCAGUUAGAGGGACACAGCCUCAGAUCACAAGUCUGUUAGAAUCCACAAAUUUCAUUUUGUUUACAACACCCAUAUAUUCUUUUCAACCCACCGCAUAUAUACAAUGGAGUAAUCAACCAAUUACUAAUAGUGCUGUAAUUUUGUACAAAACAGUAUCACUUUGAUAUCCCACAGUACAAAGGAUUUGAAAACGGUAGAAAUGGAACAUUCUGAUUUUACCACAUCGUGCCAGCAGAUGGCUACUUGUCACUAUAUUUUUUAUUAUUUUUUUUAUUUUAAUGAAGGGUAAAGAAAUAGGAAAUAUGAAUUAAGAUGAAAUCUAAGGCAAUAAAAUAGAACAAUGCAUUUAUAUGCAUACAAAGUUCAAUAAAUAUAUAAGUAAUUAAUUAAAUAUAUUAUAACCAAGUGUCAAAUUCACAUGUGGAGCACAGUUUCAGUAAGUUUCAUACUUGCUGUAAAUCUUAAUAAGCAAUAACUAGAAGGUUUAAGUUAGACCCAGCCUAACUAUAGUGCCUGUGCAUUUUGAAGUCUAGAUGAAAUCUGAAGUGUGGCACGUUCUAUGAUGCCUGUAUAUUGCAGUAUAUUGUUGUGUUCUCCAGAAACAGGUACAAUUUCCUGUUUCCUCAGCAGAGAAGUAAGCCUCCUGGAAAUCAUUUGCUGUAAAUAAAACCAUUUAAAGUUUGAUUGAGGUAGAAUAGGUGGGAGUGAUUAGCUAAUAAUGAUUAGUGUGUGAUCCAAAGGCCAAAACAGGAAGGUCACACUGCAUUUUCAGGAACAGAAUUUGUCAAAAGAACACUCAAAGAAAAAUACAGUGAAAGUGUUUUAUGUUGCAUACUACACUCCUUCCACAUCUAGACACCCCAUGAAAGACCCUUGGCCUUUUCUAAUAUAAACAACUUCAAGUUCAUUACAUCUUGGAGUAAAGAGCUUGACACUUGAUAGACAAAUCUAGAGAUGUGUUUACAUCAAUUCAGGCUUAAUUAAACAGGUUCGUCUUUUACACAGUGAAAACAGUUAACUCCUGAUUCAUCCUCUUGUGAGAAGAGCCUUCUGAAAUAUAAUUAAGUGCUGGCUCCAGCUAUUACUGAAGAACUCUAAAAAUGGAAAAUUAUUCAAGUUGCCUCAUAGCCACUUGUCUUUUGUGAGUCACAUCUGUUCAUCUGUUGUAUUACAGCUGAGCGUUCAUGAGAACCUGUGUGUGGAGAGGAUGAAUGCAAGAAAAAGUUCCAUGCACAAGUACUUAGUGAGCAUAGCACUCAACCUUCCAACUCCAAAAUGAAGAACACUAGCAUCGGCUUACUAACAACUUCAACUAGGAAGGUCAGAGUAUAGUU